UUUACGUCUCUAUAGUAGACCUGCCUCCGUCUCUCUUUAGUGACGUUUUCGCGCAUUCCUAUCCCUCCUCCGUCUCCAAGGGGAUCUCCGUUGUAGGUCCAUAGUGGAGUCCGCUUUCUCUCGGUCGUUUUCUUUCCAUGUCCAAGAUGGCAACACUAAGUGUAAACAAAAUCGGGUCUGGCUCUGGGAUGGAUGCCGGGAACAGACACAGCCGAAGUUCGGCGGGGCCUGUUGUGAAGGUUUUGGAAUGUGGAGUCUGUGAAGAUGUGUUUUCAUUGCAAGGAGACAAAGUUCCCAGACUUCUUUUAUGUGGUCAUACUGUCUGUCAUGACUGUCUUACUCGACUUCCUCUCCAUGGCAGAGCAGUUCGGUGUCCUUUUGAUCGACAAGUUACUGAACUAGGUGAUUCUGGUGUCUGGGGAUUGAAAAAAAACUUUGCUCUGUUGGAACUCCUGGAGCGAUUGCAGAAUGGAUUGGGUGGUCAAUGUGGAACAAUUGAAGAAACUAUUGGCCUAUCUGGAGAGUGCAUCAUCCGAUGUGAUGAAGAUGACACUCAUCUGGCUUCUGUGUAUUGCACUGUUUGUGCUACUCACCUGUGUACAGACUGUUCCCACCUUACACAUUCUACAAAAACAUUAGCAAAACACAGACGUGUGCCCCUUGCUGAUAAGCCACAUGAAAAGACGAUGUGUUGUCAGCACCAAGUGCAUGCCAUUGAAUUUGUGUGCUUGGAAGAAGGUUGUCAGGCCAAUUCUCUUAUGUGUUGUGUUUGCAAAGAAUACGGAAAACACCAGGGUCAUAAACACAGUAUUUUGGAACCAGAAGCAAAUCAGAUCCGUGCUUCCAUUUUAGAUAUGGCUCACUGUAUAAGAACUUUCACAGAAGAAAUCUCAGAUUAUUCUCGGAAACUAGAUGGAAUUGUACAACAAAUAGAAGGAGGAGAACAGAUCUUUGAAGAUGGUAUAGGAAUGACCCAUACAGAACAUGUUCCAGGCACUGCAGAGAAUGCUCGGUCCUGUGUCAGAGCCUAUUUUUCUGACCUUCACGAGACACUUUGCCGCCAAGAAGAAAUGGCACUUAGUGUGGUGGAUGCACAUGUGCGAGAAAAAUUGAUUUGGCUUAGGCAACAACAAGAAGAUAUGACUAUCCUGUUAUCACAGGUUUCAACAGCAUGUCUUCACUGUGAAAAGACUUUACAGCAGGAUGACUGUAGAGUUGUUUUGGCUAAACAGGAAAUUACAAGGCUUUUAGAAACAUUGCAGAAACAACAACAACAAUUUACAGAACUUGCAGACCACAUUCAACUUGAUGCUAGCAUUCCUGUUACUUUUACAAAGGACAAUAGAGUACACAUUGGACCAAAAAUGGAGAUUAGAGUGGUGACCCUUGGAUUAGACGGAUCAGGCAAAACAACUAUUUUAUUUAAACUAAAACAAGAUGAGUUCAUGCAACCCAUUCCAACCAUAGGUUUUAAUGUUGAGACAGUAGAAUAUAAAAACCUGAAAUUCACUAUUUGGGAUGUAGGUGGCAAACACAAACUGAGGCCUUUAUGGAAACAUUAUUACCUCAAUACACAAGCUGUGGUCUUUGUCAUUGAUAGCAGCCAUAGAGACAGAGUCAGCGAGGCACACAGCGAACUUGCCAAACUAUUAACAGAAAAGGAACUGCGGGAUGCUUUAUUACUGAUCUUUGCCAACAAACAGGAUGUGCCAGGGGCACUUUCAGUAGAAGAAAUCACAGAAUUACUGAAUCUCCACAAACUUUGCUGUGGCCGUAGCUGGUACAUUCAAGGUUGUGAUGCCCGAAGUGGCAUGGGACUUUACGAAGGACUGGAUUGGCUUUCAAGGCAUCUGGUAGCUGCAGGUGUACUGGAUGUGGCUUAAGAGAGCUAAAUGGAGCUGCUGAGAACAAGGAGUCCAGAAGCUGCGUUGAAGUAAGUGGCAGACCUGGAGAAAACAAUUAGCAGUGAUGAUAGCUUACCAGAGUCAGAAACCUAAGGAAGAGGAAACUAAGAGUUCCUUCUUAGUCUAUUCAUUGAAUACAGUACAUAAAAAAGUCAGAACCUGACAUGCAUGAAGCUCAUUCAGAUUGCAAAAGGAGGCAUUGUUACUGUUUUCUACUGUGAUUGACUUGAGAUUUUGCUACUUGCUUCAGUAGUGCAUGAGCUGCAGUGAAGGAUCAGCCCAGAAUUUGGAUGCCCAAUAAUAAGAUCCUUGUUGAAUGGUAUUCCAAAGUCUGUAGACUGUAAGUAAUGGAAGUUGCAGUUAUUUACAACCCAGUCCUGGCUAAAUGCUGUUCCUUUCUCCUACUUCCCAAUUAAUACUAUUAGCACAAAGUGUGUCUUCCUCUUCAAAAUAUAAUUGCUGAAGUGAUUGAAUCAUGUUGUUAUACAGCACAAGCAUGUGUUUCUGUGUUGUGCUGUUCAGUGGAGCUUAAUCCUAGAUAACCUCCAGGAUCAUAGUUUUAUCAAUUUAGUGAAAUAUCAGUUCAUCUUUAAAACAUAAUCAUUUCUGAAACAAGAUCAGUGAAAAAUCUGUAGCCAUCGAUUUUUUUUUAUAUUGUAUUGGUAGUAGUAAGUAAUGCUGCAUAUAAUUGUUUUAAAAGUAAAAAAAAAAAUGCUACCUAUUUAAAAUAAAAUAUUUGCCAUUAUGUGGUUCCCUCCCUUUGGAUGACAGGCAUGUUUCAGCAUUCUGUAGCAUUUAUGCAUUAAUCGAAACCUUCGAUGUAUUAAAAUAAUUGGCUAUAGAUACCUAAAUAUUAUAAAAAUAGGGGAUAUUGGUCACAAACAUCUCUUACCUGCUUCAACUCCUGUCAAAAUACACUGCAAGUUUAGAUGUUUGUGUGAAGUAAUUUAAAAGGUUUUACUAUAAUUUAAUGAAGUCAGACUUCUGCUACUGUAUUGUUUAUUUUAUUUCAUUUUAAUGCUAUUAGAGUGCAUGAUAUUACUUGAUAUAUAGCAGUUCAAAAGACUGAAUGUAAAUUGUUGUAUCAGUGGCUUUAAAUGCUAUCGCUUGCUUUAUGUAAAACUGAAGGUGUUGAUUUUAGGACAAUGUGCAAAAAUAAUUGUUGGUUAAUAUUGACAAAAGUUGAGCUCUGCUGCAAAUAUAGUGUAGUUGUAUAAAAGUAUUAUUUAACUGAAACUCACAAAAGUUACUGUGAAUGUAACUAUUAUAGUUGUCUGAAUUCAAGUUUUACUGCAUUUAGCAUCUUCUUGUUUGUACUGUAAAUAACUUGUUCAAGCAGAAAUUAAAACUUGUUUCAUACAUCAUUGACCUUAAAUUCUCGUUAGUGUACUAAUGUCUGCAAGUUUUUAAAAUUGUUUCAGCUGCGAGGAAAUUUUUAAGAGCUUCAUAUAAACUGUUUUAAGAGUGGACUGUAUUUAAUUAAAGAUAUCUUUGUAAAAUAACUGAUACUGUUGAAUUUUGAUUAAAAUUAAGUGUUCAACAGUGAUAAAGAAAGGUAUCAUAUGAUAUUACAUAUAAAAAUAGCAUAUACAACAAUAUUCAGUUACAGUUUAGCUUAACUUUAUGUCAUGAGUUAUUUUCUAAUUACAAACAGGAAUAAGUCAAAGGAACAGGAGUUAUUGUAUAAAAAUAUCCACCUUCUGCAACGAUAAUAGAUGUAAAAUAGCUCACAAAAAUAAAUAUUUAACAGUUGUGAUAGUGAAUCAUAGUAAUAAAAUUAUUUCAUCAAAA